AUGGGCUGCACACGUAGCUUCCCAUUCAUAACAACCACUGAGUUUGUUAUUGCCAGUGAUGACAACUAUGGCAAGAAGCAGGUCGUUAGUCUCACUCCCUUCCUCUAUGACUAUGUCCUAAAAAAUGUUCGAGAACCAGAGGUGAGGACUGAGGAAGACACCAUUUUGCUUCAUUCAUUCGGUUGCAUUUCAGAUUCUAAGGCAAUUGCGACAGGAGACGGCCUCUAUGCUUGGAAGUCAGAUGUGUCCCCUGAUCUGGCACAGCUGCUCGCAAUGCUUGUGCAGAUUCUUGGAGCAGAACAGUGUAUUGAAGUUGGUGUGUAUACUGGAUACUCAUCACUAGCCUUAGCAUUAGUUCUGCCAGAAUCAGGUCGUUUAGUUGCCUGUGAAAGAGAUGCCAAAUCUCUUGAUGUUGCCAAGAAGUAUUAUCAGCUAGCUGGUGUUUCACAUAAGGUGGAUGUAAAAGUUGGACUUGCAAUGGAUUCUCUAGAAUCUUUAAUUCUAAAUGGUGAAGCAGGAAGCUAUGAUUUUGCGUUUACUGAUGCUGAGAAAAAAAUGAACGAGAAAUAUUUUGAACUGCUACUACAGCUGGUGAGGGUUGGAGGUCUUAUUGUAAUUGAUAAUGUCCUUUGGCAUGGAAAAGUUGCUGACCCAUUGGUAAAUGACCCUAAAACUUUCAGCAUUAGAAAUUUUAAUCAGAAGUUAAUGGAAGACAAGCGUGUAAGCAUCAGUAUGGUACCUAUUGGAGAUGGGAUGACAAUCUGUCGAAAAAGAUGACCAUUUUUGAAAAUUUGUUUGGUCCAUUCUCUCAGGCUCCUUUCAGAAGGAUCUGAGAACUGCCUACUGAUGAUGAACACCAUUUUGGCUCCACAAGGAAUACGGUAUACUAGAUUGUGUGAUCUUUUCUACCUCAAAUUUUGUACGCACUAUAGGUAGCAACCAUUAGCCUUAAAUUCAGUGACCUAUUACUUUUAGAGGCAGAUAUAUUGUACGGAGAGAAAUACUAGUAAUACAUUAUUUAACAAUUCUUUCAUA